UAAAUUUGAGUUAACUUUGGGGACCGGCCGGAGUCGACGAAGUAUUUGGACAGAGUCUCCUUUUUUCGAUUUUCGUUCUCUUGUUUCUCAAUAACGCGAGAGAGAUCCGACGGCGUUCGAAUUCCCGAAGAAUAUAUUCCCGGGAAAUUUUUUCACAAAUCUAAUGGAAUCUUGCCCUGCCAUUAAAAGCAUUCUUCUUUUGGAUUCUGAAGGGAAGCGUGUAGCUGUCAAGUAUUAUUCUGAUGACUGGCCUACAAAUAGUGCAAAGGAAGCUUUUGAGAAAUCCGUUUUCAUCAAAACUCAGAAGACUAAUGCUCGAACAGAGGCGGAGAUAGCAAUGUUUGAGAGCAAUAUAGUGGUUUACAAGUUUGCUCAAGACCUUCAUUUUUUUGUCACGGGUGGAGAAGAUGAAAAUGAGCUCAUUUUAGCAUCCGUUCUUCAGGGUUUUUUUGAUGCUGUGGGCAUUCUUCUUAGGGGUAAUGUAGAAAAGAAGGAGGCACUUGAGAACUUGGACCUCAUUUUACUGUGUCUCGAUGAAAUUAUCGACGGAGGCAUUGUUCUCGAGACGGAUGCAAAUGUCAUAGCAGGGAAGGUCGCAAGUCACAGUAUUGACAGUAACGCUCCUUUGUCUGAGCAGACAAUAAGUCAAGCAUUGGCCACAGCUCGCGAACAUCUAGCAAGAUCUCUUCUCAAGUAAUAUGUUCUAUUGAUACAAGUGAGUGGCAAGAACUAUCCCCCACACCAAAAAAAAGAAAAAAGAGAAGAAAAUUCAGGUCGAGUUGGGGUGGUGUUUUUGGUAAGAGAUUGAUUGAUCUCAUGUUUGUAUAUUCAGCUCAUACUAUGCUGCCUUACCUUUUGGUAAAACCUGAUUUUGGAUCUGAGCAGAUGUGGUUCAUUGCGGGACUGGUGCUAAGUGUUAUUAUAUGUGCCUCUGGAGUUGCAAUCUAUAUUUUCUUUUUAGGCCAUUCGAUUUUUGUGGUCGUUGGCUAAAGAAAAAUUAUUUUAGAUUACAAUGCAAACAUAUUUUCAAAAUAUAGUCAAAUAUCGCCA